UGCUGUAAAAAGUUGUUUUAUCUAAAUAAAUAUAAAACCGCUUUCGAGUAUUAUCAAUUACCUUCCAGGCUCUGAAGACACUGCGCAAGUCAGCAUAUUUAAUUUUUUGUGACGCGUUAAUGUUUGUUAUUCUUACCGAACAUGAAAAACUCUUGUUAAAUAUUUGUUUUUAAUUAUUAAUCAUUAUUAAUUAUGGUUAAUAAAAAUUAAAGAAGUUAGAAAGAAAUGUUUAAUUGGAGUACUAGGCAAGAUUCAUGGGAUUAUAGCGAUCAGGAAGAUAAACUUGACGAAAUGUCCGAUCUUUAUGGUCAAACGCCUCCUCGUACGCGUCACAGCCGCCGGCAAAGAGAGAGAAAACAGCGAAUAUCACUUUCUGAAAAUAAAUCAGCACCAGUAAGAGAAGUCCGUUGUUGUAAGCCGCCUCUCUGUCGUCGCAACACCCUAGACGCAAUAAUCUUCAACAAAAUGUGCGACCAAGCCGACGAGGAGGAUUCCGAUAAUGAAAUAAAAUUAGACGAUGAUUCAAACUCCCCUUCCUCGGCCCCGGCGGGAAAUUUGGGACCCGCUAACGCCAAAGAUAACACUCGCAAGUGCAAGAGAAACUUAAAAUUAACUCGGAAAAGCGAACGGGAGAUUAAAUUAGACAUGUCCUCUGAUUCCUCAGUCAAUCACCAAAACAACGACAUUAUUCCGUCCACGCCGACCUCCGUUACCAGAGAAGACAAUAUUAUCAGCAACAUGACUCUUCUCUGCGGGGUUAUCGAGACGAAAAAUCGGUUCCGGUGCCUCAGGUCCAAGCCCGUAGAGGUAGAAGCUCGGAAAGAGGCCGAUGAAACCGUUAAAUUCUUCCUGGCCAAUGAUUCUGAUGAAGCUACCGAUAAAGUCAGUGAAAGCGAUGACAAGAAAAUCGUCGGCAGAGAAAUUUUCCAUGAAACUUUUUCACACGCGAUUCGCUUGUCAGCCAAUGACCGUGAGCGAAACUGUUGCCGGCAAAUAAGCAGCGAGGAAUCUCGUUGGCAAAAUGAGCUGAAAGACCUGAUCUGGCUGGAGCUUCAGGCAUUUCACGCUGACCGUAGCCUGGUAGAACAAGACGAGUUUUUGUGCAGACAACGGGACGCGAUCUGCCCAUUGCUCACCGAAAUCCUAAACUACAAAUACGACCUAGCAUCAAGCUUGAUAGAGAACGGAUCAGCGACAUCUAGCGCAGAUUCCGGAUUCGAAGGUUCCCUUGUUCCCUCUCUCCCUUCUCCAUUCUUAGGAUCAAAUCCCGAGUUCCCCCUGGCAUGCUCCGGUUGCCUGUCAAUGCACUGCAUUACCUGCCGGCACUGCCAGAUUACCGCGCUUAGGCAAGUAGAAAGCCUGCUUAUCCGACUGCAGACCGCAGAAUCAUUGUACCCAUCUUCUCAAGCGUUUGCUGCGCACUAUCCGCAGUACAAAAGUCCAGAAUUCACCGGUAGGGUCAAGGCCAUGUGUCUUUGGUACAACAUGAUGCGUCGUCACCGUUUGAAGCUUAGAAUCCUCCGUAAGAUGCUAAUCCCCGGGCCGAAACCUUCUCGAGACUCAGUAGACUCUAGCAUGGACCCUAAAUUUGAGAUCUUCGACUUGGAUUCUCCAAAUCCUUGCGGGUCACUAAAGUCAACCUUCAUCUAUUUCGACGAGGGACAUCUAGAGCAACUAGACUUCGAGACUACCGAGAUAGAACGGAUUUCCUACCGCCGGUACAUUGAAGAUGUCCUUAAAACCCGCGGGCUGAGCAAAUCCCUGAACUUCCUGGAGCGUCUGCAUAUGUCGGUCUUGAGAAAAGCGAACCUAGCUUUAUCUAAAGAUCAGAAUUGCUCCAGUUACGAAGAGUACGAAGACCUGGACCUGAAGCGAUACGGCUUCUGGAGCCCAGAAUCCCAAGCUCUGAAUCUCCCUUCGUAUGCCAACGUGUUCCUUUUCCUAUCAAGAGUCCCCUUGGAUAUUGUCCACGAGUUCUUGGAGAUGCGUCUCCAGCAGAAGCCAGUGGCUCCAGGAGCGCUCAGCGUUAGGCAGCUGAUGAGAGAAAUGCGGGAAGGCUUGAAAAUAGCUUGCAUCUAUCGCGACAGGUUUUUGGUUCAUUCCCGAACUGUGGCUGAAGCUGGAAAAGUUGAUAUCGCUGCUUUUGAUGAUAGUCUUCAGCAGGUGUUCGUGGUUUACUUGGACUAUCUGAAACAGUGGGUCGAAAUGGUGCCUUGUGGAAACUACCAAAAGGGCCUGAUUGAUGACGAAUGGACUUUUGUUAAGUCGAUAGCCAGGAACAUCAAGAAUGGAUUCACGAUAGGCGGAGUCAAGUUUUGUGAGAUAAACGGAGUGAUGAUCCAUGAAGUGAUCGAGUUCUUGGGCACCAGACCCUUGGAAAUCGAAGAGUCUAUGGCGGAGAUUGAAGAGAGUGAAGAUCUAAGGUACCAGUUCAUGUCUCUGGGUCGAGAAUGGCAAUCAAUGUUCAUAGAAGCUCGCGAGAAGCUUACUAAGAGUCUUCUUCUGACCCGGUCGUUGAAGCGCGACUUGGACCAGAGUCCUAACGAUGACCUAAAGACUGCUUUGGAUACCUUGAAGCACGUGAUUCACGAUCUCAGGACUAGGAUCUGCAGCGUGGUGGCCCAGUUCCAGGUGAGGGUUGAUCAGGCUGAUGAAUCCAAGCUAGAAAAUGACUUAGCGUUCAAGACUCGCGUUCGUGAAAUCCUUCACCAAGCUUACAGGCUAGGCUUUGACUAUCAUCGGGAGGUGGUUCGCAUUUUCCAGGCGAACGAAGAGUUAGUUAAGGGAUUGGUCAGCUUCGCUGAGCUCUGGAUUGAGUUUGUGGUAACUAAAUGCGAGCGGGGCCGUGGAUUGAGACCAAGAUGGGCUCACCAUGGGUUAGAAUUCUUGAUCAUGACCUGCGAACCAGCAAACACUGAGUUCUUGGAUGAACAAGACUUUGCUGAGCUGAGAACCAAGAUGGAAGCAUGCUGGGCUCACAUAAUUGGAGAGGCAGAGAUUGUUUCUGAUGAGCUGAAGCCUCUUCCACUGUCCAGGACAACCUCGCCCAGGAUCAGCGUCAAGGAUUUGAAGGGUUGCAAGGAGAACGUGAGCUUGGUUAUUAGUAGGAAGAUUUCUGCUAAGCAGUCGAGAGUUACUGCUGCUUUGCAGCAGCUGGAGGAAGAGAUUGACGAGCGGAGGCGGGCUGCUGAGCUGAUUGGCCGAGCGGCUUCCAAGAAGACUGCUGACAAUGUCAGGAUCAAGGUCAGGAGGGUUACCUUCAGUUGGCAGAGAGGCAUCAAGAUCGGGCAAGGAAGGUUUGGCAAGGUCUAUACGGUGGUCAAUAACCAGACUGGCGAGCUGCUGGCAAUGAAGGAAGUAUCGUUGCAGCCAGGAGACCAUCGCGCUAUCCGUCGGGUAGCGGAGGAACUUCAGAUCUUUGAAGGAAUCACUCACGAUCAUCUCGUUCGUUACUACGGAGUUGAAAUCCAGCAUGAAGAAAUGCUGAUUUUCAUGGAAUUCUGCGCGGAGGGAACUCUUGAGAGCCUCAUUGCUGCUAGCUCUGGAGGAUUACCAGAGAUAUUCAUCAGGAAGUAUGUCCAUCAGCUUUUAUCGGCUAUUUCUGUGCUCCAUUUUCACGGAAUUGUUCACAGAGAUAUCAAGACUGCCAAUAUCUUCCUGACUGAUCAAGGGAACUGCCUUAAGCUGGGGGACUUUGGGUCUGCUGUUGAGAUCAAGGCUCACACUACCAUGCCUGGGGAACUUCAGGGAUUCGUUGGUACUCAGGCGUACAUGGCGCCUGAAGUUUUCAUGAAAACUGAACACGGCCAUGGACAUGGAAGGGCUGCUGAUAUAUGGAGCUUCGGUUGCUGCGUUAUCGAAAUGGCUAAUGGGAAGAGACCUUGGGCGGAAUUCGAUUCUAACUAUCAAAUCAUGUUCAAAGUUGGAAUGGGCGAAGUUCCUGCCAUGCCUAAGAAUUUAUGCAAUGAAGGAAUUGAUUUGAUUGAAAAGUGUCUGCAGCAUGAUGCUAAAAAAAGGCCUCAUGCUAAUGAUCUGCUGGCUCAUCCUUUUGCUAGGAAUUAUGAUGAUGUUAAUGUCGAGCUGCUGAGUCGCAUUGUUGCCUAGG